AACUCCCGCCCCAGUCUGCGGGCCUCCGGAGUAGCGGCGGGGCGGGAGCGGCGCGGCAGAGGGGACAAGACCAGGGCAGGAGGGAACCGGCCCGCCAGGAGAGCCCCGCACACCAUCAAGAUGCUAUCCUGGCGGCUGCAGACGGGCUCCGAGAAGGCUGAGCUGCAGGAGCUCAACGCCCGGCUCUACGACUAUGUGUGCCGAGUGCGGGAGCUGGAGCGCGAAAACCUGCUCCUGGAGGAGGAGCUGCGCAGCCGGCGGGGCCAUGAGGGCCUGUGGGCCGAGGCGCAGGCCCGCUUCGCGGAGGAGGCGUGCAGCUUGCGGCAGCAGCUGGACGAACUGAGCUGGGCCACGGCACUGGCCGAGGGCGAGCGCGACGCGCUGCGGCGCGAAUUGCGGGAACUGCAGCUGCUGGGCGAAGAGGCGCGCGCCGCCCGCGGCCGUCUGGACGCCGAGCUGGACGCUCAGCGGCGGGAGCUUCAGGAGGAGCUAGGUGCGCGCGCCGCUCUCGAGGCGCUGUUGGGCCGGCUGCAGGCCGAGCGCCGCGGCCUUGACGCGGCCCAUGAACGCGAUGUGCGGGAGCUGCGCGCGCGCUCCGCUGGCCUGACUUUGCGCUAUCGCGCCCGCGCCACCGGCCCUGCCGCGCCCCCGCCGCGCCUGAGGGAAGUGCACGACAGCUACGCACUGCUAGUGGCCGAGUCGUGGCGGGAGACCGUGCAGCUGUACGAGGAAGAGGUGCGCGAGCUGGAGGAGGCUCUGCGGCGCGGCCAGGAGAGCCGGCGCGAGGCCGAGGAGGAGACGCGGCUGUGCGCGCAGGAGGCGGAGGCGCUGCGGCGCGAGGCGCUCGAGUUGGAGCAGCUGCGAGCGCUGCUGGAAAACGAGCUGCUGCGGGUACAAGAGGAGUACGAGCUUCAAGCCGAGGAGCGGCAGAGAGUGAUUGCCUGCCUGGAGGAUGAGAAGGCAGCCCUCACCUUGGCCAUGGCUGACCGGCUGCGGGACUAUCAGGAGCUUGUGCAGGUGAAGACUGGCCUCAGCCUGGAAGUGGCGACCUACCGAGCCUUACUGGAAGGAGAAAGUAAUCCGGAGAUACUGAUCUUGACUGAGCGCAUUGAAAAUGUGCCACAAGAAUUCAGAAACAAGUCCUAUCAGUAUACCACCUCAGUAUUACAGAGAGAAAACGAAAGAAAUCUGUUCCCAAGGCAGAAGGCACCUGCUACAAGCUUCAAUCCCAGCUUGGCGCCUCGUUUUCAGCCAGCCAUUGGAAGCACUUCCAGAAGGGGUGUCCUGGGCUCUGGAUAUGCUCCCUUUACCACUACCAGGUGGGAGAACUACGAGAAAACUGCCAGCAGUCAAACCAACUUCAGAACUGUCUCUCCAACCCUUGGUCUCUUAAGAAAUACUGAAGCUCAAGUGAAAACAUUCCCUGAGAGACCGAGAACUGGAGGUACAAAGGACGCUCCUGUUAAUUUAGCCAAAGAGUCCACUGCUACUCAGGAGUCUUACCGAGAACGCCGGGACAAUGUGGUGGCAGAGCCUUCCAAAAGUACUUGGUCAAAUGAGAGGACCGUCCUUUGGGGAAAGAAAACAGAAGCUAAAGCCACGAGGGAACAAGAGAGAAACAGACCAGGAACUAUCCAAACAAAACGAGAAGAGAAAAUGUUUGAUUCUAAAGAGAAGGCUUCAGAGGAGAGAAACUUAAGGUGGGAAGAACUGACCAAGUUAGAUAAAGAGGCAAGGAAGAGAGAAAGCGAGCAAAUGAGGGAAAAGGCAAGAGAGAAGGAGUCACUGAAGGAGAAAAGUGUGAGAGAAAGAGAGAUACCGAUCAGUCUAGAAGUAUCAAAGGACAGCACACCAGAAGUGGCCCCACAAGGGCUUCACACACCCCUGAAGAAGGAUGCUGGUGAUGGGACAGAUAGAGGGGUAGAAACGAGAGAAGUAAAGUUCAGGCUGGAGACCAGUGACACCGCAGGCUCUCUGAAAGCUGAUUCCACAACUGAAACCAUAGCUGAGAACAUUGUUUCUAGCAUCCUGAAGCAGUUCACCCACUCUUCCGAGAUGGAAGCAUCUGCUGACACGUUUCCAGACACAAAAGUCACUUACGUGAACAGGAAAGAGCUUCCUGGUGACAGGAAAACAAAGACUGAGAUAGUCGUGGAAUCGAAACUGACUGAAGAGAUUGAUGUUUCAGAUGAAACUGGCCUGGACUACCUUUUAAGCAAGGAUGCUAAGGAGGUGGAGCUGAAAGGAAAAUCAGCAGAACGGAUGAUAGGAGAUAUAAUCAAUCUUGGUCUGAAAGGGAGGGAGGGGAGGGCAAAGGUUGUCAAUGUGGAGAUCAUAGAAGAGCCUGUGAGCUAUGUCAGUGGUGAGAAGGCGGAGGAGUUUUCGACCCCAUUCCAAGUGGAGGAAGUUGAUGACGUGUCUCUGGGCUCUAAGGGGCUUGUUGAGGAGGAGGAAGUUUGUAGAGAAACAGAUGUCACCUUCUCAGGGGCUCAAGGGAAAAAGACCAGGCAGGCCCAAGAGAACAUGACUCAUGUUGAAGAAGUGAUGGAGGCAGGUGACUCAGAAGGUGAGCAGAGUUAUUUUGUGUCGACCCCAGACCCAGAUGAAUACCCCGGGGGGCAGGACAGAGAGGAAGGCUCCGUGUAUGGGCAGAUCCACAUUGAAGAGGAAUCCACCAUCCGGUACUCCUGGCAAGAUGAAAUUGUGCCGGGGUCCGGGAGAAGAGUGAAGAGGGAUGAUGCAUUGGGAGAGAAGGUUGUGAAGCCACUGGAUGUUCCAGAAGGGUCUCUGGAGGGGGACACAGGUUCUAGUCACUGGAAAGAACAAGCUCGCAGUGGCGAGUUUCAUGCUGAACCCAUAGUCAUUGAAAAGGAAAUCAAAAUACCGCAUGAAUUCCACACAUCCAUCAAAAAGGGCUUCAAGGAGCCCAGACACCAGCUGGUGGAGGUCAUCGAGCAGCUGGAGGAAAGCCUUCCAGAGCGCAUGAAGGAAGAGCUGUCCGCUUUCACCAGUGAGGGCCAGGGCGGGCCGGGGGGCAUUUCAGUUGACGUAAAGAAGAUCCAGCCCCCGGGUGGCGGGUCCGUGACUUUGGUGGCAGAAGUCAACCUCUCGCAGACUGUGGAUGCUGAUCAGUUAGACUUGGAGGAGCUCAGCAAGGAUGAAGCGGGAGAGAUAGAGAAGGCCGUGGAGUCAGUGGUACGAGACAGCUUGGCCAGGCAGCACAGCCCCGGCCCUGGGAGCCCAGACUGGGAGGCAGGAGCGGAGACCCGGGGCACUGGCCUCGGCUUCAAGCGCUGGGCCACCCAGGAGCUGUACCGCCCCUCUGGUGAGGAUGCCGAGACAGGCCUCAGCUCUCCCGGCUCAGAGUCCAUCACUUCCCAGGGCCCAGUGUCGGCCACGGUGGAAGUCACCAGUCCCAGGGGCUUUGCCCAGUCCCACGUGGUGGAGGACGUCAGUCAGUCUGUGAGGCACAUUAAAAUAGCGCCCCCUGGAGUUUGGAGGACUGAGCACGUCUCAUCCGAAGGACCCUCUUCACAGGUGGUGGAGGUAAGUGGGGAAGGCCACCUGAGUUGGGCAGCGAGCUCGGCGGGAGCCAGCUGGUCUGCCAGGCACUUUACGCUGGGUCCCGAUCAAAGUCAAGUGUCCAAAGAAGUCGUCUUCCAAGGGCCUGACCCUGCCAGUCCCGAGGCAGGAGGCGCAGAAGAGCCUGGCCCCAUAGGGCUUGCCACAGAUACUGACGAAUCCCGGAGGCACAGCUCCUCUGCCUCCCAACAGUUUCGUGCUAAGAGGGAAAUUAUCUUUCAAGCCCCCAUUUCUGGGGCAGGGAAUGUUGGUGAUGAUUUUCAAACUGAGGAGUCAGUGGGUACCCAGACUUCUGUAAAGCACCUUCAGUUAGGCCCUAGAGAGCAGUUUAGGGAGCAAAUCCAGCUCACAGCCCCUCUGUCAGACAAAAUGGAGUUAGGUGUCAGAGAAGCUUCUGUGGACACUGAAGCAUGGUCAGGAAGUGGCCUAUCCAUCAGGCACAUCAAAACCGGACCUCAGAGGGAUCAAACCACCGACCAGCUAGUUCCCCCACCCUGGGAAUACAGCAACUCAGAAAGCAGUGCCCACGGAGAGGGCUCAGCUGAUGUGACCCAGGCCACUCGUAGUUACACUGUGGGUAGGAAACUCUUGAUUACUGAAAAGAGCACCCUCCAAAGGGCUGUUUCUGAACCUCCCCAGGAGGCUAGUGUGGGAGGCACAGCAGGGGCAGAAGUGACUUCAGGCCUGAGCAGAUCCUUUAGGCAUAUUCAGCUAGGUCCUGCAGAAACCCAAACCUCCGAACACAUUGUCUUCCACGGACCCAUUUCCAAAACAUUGGCAUUGGCUGAUCCGGUGGACUCCCCUGAGCUAGGUGAGGUAGCAGACAGCAGCAGAACACUAAGGCACGUGGCACUGGGGCCCAAAGAAACUUCGUUUACCUUUCAGAUGGACGUGAGUAACGUAGAGGCGACCCCCCGCUGGACCCAAGAGGCCACAGUCCUCUUCCCUGCAGGGAUGGAAGCAGAAGCUCAUGGUGUGUCUGACCGUGGUGCUUGGAGAGAUGCUGGCAGUGGGAAUGACCUGGCUGCCAGCGUGAGCUUUCAAGGCUCUGCUGGGGACAGACACCAGGCCCCCGGGGAAAAGGGCAAGGAGCAAGCUGAGUUUGAUAAGCCGGUGCAGCUACAGAGGAUGGUAGACCAGAGGUCGGUGAUUUCCGAUGAAAAGAAGGUUGCUCUCCUCUAUCUAGACAAUCAGGAGGAGGAGAAUGAGGGACACUGGUUUUGAUAAAUAUUUUGUUUUAAAUGCCAUCUCUUUGGUGAAGUACCAACACGCAAAGGCCUUUACUUACUUUAAGGGAGGGAGAUGUACUCCUUCUUAAAACCUCCCUUCUUUUUCACUUUCUUCAAAGAGUCCUCUAGACAAUGUCAGCUUACUUCAUAAUCAGUAAAAAUUUCAGACUAAUUCACGCCUUAAAAGGCACUGGAAUUUACUGAGUUGGGACUUUGACAAAUAUUUUUUAUCUUUUCAGUCUUAAAAGUUCCUUUUUCUGGAGUUUUCUUUCCACUUCUAGGGAUGAUUUCCACCAUUUUUGUACCUGGUCACAGAAAUGCCUUGCAUCUGUUUGAAACUAUAAUUAACUAGGUAAGAUUCCUAAGUGGUGACAGGAUUAAAGUAAUAUAUUUAAGAAUAAAUUUAAUUUGCAUGUGCUAAUAAGAUAUAGUAAACUAACAUGUUAAGGGAAAAAUGAAUAUUUGUUUUUCCUCUUUCCAAAGUCUUUUCCAAAAGAAAUUGUAGGAAAUAAGAUUUUUAAAAAAUCUUGGGAGUUCCCAUUGUGGUUCAGUGGGUUAUGAACCUGACUAGUAUCCAUGAGGAUGAGGGUUUGAUCCCUGGCCUCACUCAGAGGGUUAAGGAUCCAGCAAUGCUGUGAGCUGUGGUGUAGGUUGCAAACGUGGCUUGGAUCCUGUGUUGCUGUGGUUGUGGCGUCGGCCGGAGGCUGCAGCUCCAAUUCAACCCCUUGCCUGGGAACUCCCAUAUGCCACAGGUGUGGCCCUAAAAAGCAAAAAAACAAAACAAAAACAAAAACAAAUCUAAGUGAUUUCAUCUUGGGGAAAAGUUAUUUGUCAUAGAAUUAAAUUCAUCUUAAGACUUUAGUGAAUUGCUUUCUAUGUGCAGAACUUAGAAAAUACUAAAAAAAUAUAUAGUAUUUUAUGGAGAAGACAACUUCAGCCUACUACAGUAUUUCAGGUCAGCACACUUGCUAUGUUUGCACAGGUUCCUGGAACCCUGCCCUAAGUCUGUGGGGGGUGGGAGGAUGUUCACUGGGAAUGGCUCAUAGUACCAGUUUUUUUGCAGUACUAGGUCACUAAGCACACAAGUCUAAGUACUCUUUUUUGUUAUAAUGGAAGUUCAGGAGUAGCCAGCUCCUACCUAGACUUGAGCUUUUCUGUGCAUUAGCAGUUAGCAUCUAAACCCUUAAUUUUACUGAUGGGAAGCAGACCCUGAGGACGAUGAAAAAGAUCAUUGAUGUUCACACUACCCGGGAUUUGCAGGAUGGUCACCCACAGUAAAAGUUGGAAGCCCAGGUAGGCUUGAGCCUCCCAAAGAAGCACUUUCCAGCCCAGUGAUGAUGGGGUGGAGACCCUUCUGAGCUCAACAAGUUAGAGAUGAAAAAUGGCAACCAGCCUCACAGAGGUUUGUGUACUUCCAAUAGAAAUCAUGAUCAUUGGUGUGUUUUGUCCAGGGAAACAAAGAAUAUAGUAAAUAGAGUAAGAUGUUUUGGGGAGGGAACUGGGUGCCUCUCCUGCCACCUAGGCCUGAAGCACCAGGAGGGGCCCCAGAGGAAGACAGAGCCCCCACUCCCCUGGGCAACAAAGUGUGGACCUGCAGCUCUACACCACUGAGUUUAAGAUACUAGAAUGGAUGUGUUCCAUUGCUUUGUUUUAUUUCACACAAGGGUAUUGUUUUUAAAGCAUUCAUCUUUAAAGGUAUAGCAUCACGUAAAAAAUAGUAUCUCUAACAACACAGGAGUAUUUUAACCCAAACUAGUUUCUUCCACAUAAUGCUGUCUAAGCUGCCUUUAACACAGUAGCAUAGAACUAACUGCCUGGAGUGCACUGAGGAACAAGGACCUGAGGUACUGUCAUCCUCAGGUAGGUUACGAUGAUGGGAGGGGGUGCUGUUAUGGAAUUUGAGGGUCUCUUCUCUGGGUUUCACACUGAUGGCCCUCGGACCUAUCUCCUCAGCUCCCAGGAAUGGCUGCAGCAGGUAGCUUAGGGGGAGUGCCUUUUCCUAAUCGCUAAGCGGAGGCUAAAUGAAGCACAGCUUUCAGGAUGAUCUAUUUUUAAAAUACCCUGAAGCAGACUAUAGAAAGAAAGUUGAUUUGAAUUGCAAACAUAAACCUUUGUUAUCUGCCAAAUGAAUUAGUGAUUGUCUAAUGAUUGUCACAAACUGGUAUGGAGGUGAUAGCCUUGCCAACAAGGACUUCUCAUUUCUAACAUAGCUGAUUUUAUGUUAGAUGUACUUGGUAAUGGUGUUUGUAUAAGUGAUUUAUUGGUGAGAACUUGGUCCAGGUGACAGCCUACUGUUUUGAAGACAAGACAGAUGGAUAAUGGGGGGAGUCUAUUAUGUGUGUCUAAGUGGCCUUAGUUUAAUGUCACUCUCCUAGCUUGUGACCUUGGAAAUGAUUGCUAAUGUGAGUAAGUUGUUGAGACCAUGACCCACCUCCAGUGAAAAAAAAAUCUUAGAUCUUAAUUUUUAUCUCCAUGUCGAAUGCAUAUCUUCAAGAUGUAGCCUGCCAGGAGUGUUUACCAACUUGGAGUCAUGAGCUGUCAUUGGUUACUAAGUCUCUGGAAUACCCAGGAGCAAGGCAUGCCCUUGACACUGUGAUAGGUCACCCCACAGCAUCAUGUCCUUUAAAACCAGUUACUCUGGAGACAGGAGUAGUCAACUAUGUGGUGGGACAGAGUGAGGAUACAACCAGUCUUUUCACAUUUAUUGUUGUGUAGACAAAACAGUAUUAAUGGAAUGUUUUUCACCUUCACACUGGUUGUUUUGAUGUUGUUUGCUUAAAAUGUAUAUUUAGAAUGGAAUCAUCUAAAAAAGCUGAUCUUGCUAAUAACCUCCUGUUCCCUGCAAAGGGAAAUGUCAUAAGAAUGUGUAAAAAUAAAAAUCUAUGGGAAAAAAAGCUCA